AUCGCGGCGGUUAAAAUUUGUUAUUAUUUUUUGUUUGCUUUGUGAAAAUAGCAUAGAAAAAUAACCUAAAAAGAUGUCUACGACAGCUGUUGUGAAUGGUAAACAACAAACAAAUGAGCUUAAAAGCGCGCCGAACGCGAGUAAGACAGAGGCCAAUGAGGCGCCAAAUCCCGCGCGUCAAAUCCCCGAGUGGCUGAAAGCGGAACUAUUUGUAGAUCUGCUGCAGAAAAACAUACCGAAUUUUAAGUGCGUUAAAAAUUUCACAGUGCGACCGGCACAAGCUGCUGGCGAAAACUAUGCCACACUCAUGGGCUUAGUGAAUAUUGACGUGGAACUGAAGUAUGGUGAUUCAAAGCAGGUAUCAUAUAUGAUUAAGCUACCCAUCGAAUCCAUGCAAAAAAUCUUUGCCGGUCAUAAUAUAUUUGAUACGGAACGCACCAUGUACAGUGAUGUGAUACCGGAGUUGGAGCAAAUGUAUGGUGAAGUGGGUGUUGAGGUGAAGUUCUCACCACAAUAUUAUGAUAUAGAUACACCAUCCGAAUUCGGUGUUAUACUUAUGGAGGAUUUACGUCCGCGUGGUUUCAAAAAUGCCAACCGCUUUCAGGGUUUCGACAUUGAACACACCAAGGCCACAUUGAAAAAGUUGGCACAAUGGCAUGCCGCCACAGCAGUGCGUGUUGAGACCAAAGGCAAAUAUCCAGAAAUUGUGACUGUGGGCAUGUACAGCGAAGGGCUCAUUGAUGUAAUGGAAAAUAUGGAUAAAACUGCGCCAAAUGUAUUCUAUGACAGUGUGCCCUUAUAUGAAGGCAGUGAGUUGUAUAUGGAUAGUUUGGAAAAAAAUCGUCGGAACUUUUUCAAUGACUUCCGCUCAGUAAUGAAAGCUGAUCCGAAUGAAUUUAAUGUUUUGAAUCAUGGUGAUUUCUGGGCCAACAACAUUAUGUUUCAAUAUGAUGCUUUCGGUAAAAUUAAGGAAACAUAUUUCGUCGAUUUUCAGUGCGAACGUUAUGGUUCACCGGUGAAUGAUUUGUACUGUUUCCUUAUAUCUUCCAUUAGUCUUGAUGUGAAGUUGAAACACUUCGAUUACUUUAUUAAGUACUAUCAUGACAAUUUGAUUGAGUGCUUGAAACUGCUAAAAUAUCCAAAGCAAUUGCCAACCUUGAAGGAUAUCCAUAUAGCGCUUUAUAAGUAUGGCACGUGGGGUCUAUAUGAGCUUAUGGGUCAUAUGUCCAUUGUGCUUGUCGAUCCGUCGGAAGCUGCUGAUGUUAGCAAUUUAAUGGGUAAUACGCCUGAGGCUGAAGAGUUUAAAAAGUCCAUGUACAGAAAUGAACGAUUUCGUAAACACGCCGAAGCCAUAUUGCCGUGGCUUUAUAAUCGUGGUGUGUUUUAGUGUUAAAUCGUCGGCCAGUUAUUGUUUAUAAUACAUGUACAUAUAUGUUACUUUUUUUUAAAAAUAUUUAGU